UGGUUGUUCCUGAUAGCAGGGGAACAUUCUCCUUUAAACCAGACUCAUAAUAAUUAGUCCCCUGCGGAAUCUUCCAAAUUCAUUGGAGAAUAAAACUCUGUAUAUUUGUUCAGUUGCUUUAAGGCAGGGAAAAGUGGCACCCGGAGAGAGAGAGAGAGAAAGAGAGAGACUCAUCAAAUAUUAAAAAAAGAAAAAAUUAAAAACUAUUUUUUGUUUCUAUAACAACAAUGCCACUCUUCUGCCUUGAGUCAAUUCCUGGUUUGCUUUCAAGGGUUUGUUCUAUUUAUGCACUGAAAUGGGUUUCAUCCACUUUCAGUGAUGGGAAGUAACAGCAGAGGAAAGGAUGGUGAAGGCUCUUCUGGGGUUAAAAAGGAUGAAGAAGAAAACUAUGAGUACGAACAAGACAUGAAAUUUGUGCGGCCUGAAGCACUCUUUCGUAAUACCAACGGAUUCACAGAUCCGUUGGUUCAGUCACCUCCCUUGCUCAUACAACCCCAGGUACCUGUGGUUGCCUUGCAAGGAGCUGCGGCGGUAGCGCAACCCCUGCCACAAAAUGGAUAUGUAGAAUCUGUGAUUUAUGAAAGGUUGAAAAGGGUAAGGAUCACGUGGAAUCAUGCAGCCACCAGUGUUGCUGUUGCAGGAUCAUGGGACAACUGGGAGACCACGGAGCCCCUGCAGAGAGUAGGUCAAAAUUUUGUCCUAGUUAAAACACUCCCAAUAGGUAUCUAUCAUUACCGUUUCAUUGUAGAUGGCUACUUGACACAUGCUCCAGAGUUUCCAUCGGCUUCUGAUGAUUCAGGUUAUGGCUACAAUAUAUUGGAUUUGCAGGACUAUAUACCAGAAAUAGUUGCAAACUUAUCCGAUUUUGAAGAUCCUCCAUCACCACCAUCGAGUUAUGAUAACUCACACUUAAAUGAAGAGGAGUUCAACAAGCCCCCACCAGAACUACCACCACAACUACCACUGGCAAUGAGACAUGAGCCUUCAUCUACGAGUGGUAAUCGUCAUGUCCAUAGACCCACGCAUCUGGAACUGAAUCAUCUAUUCAUACACAAAACUGAAAGUGGUCAAUUUGUGGCUCUACGAUCAACUUACAAGUUUCAACACAAAUAUAUUACUGCUGAAUUGUACAAGUCCCUGCGCAGGGAAACAUGAUGAAGCUGUAUGAUGUUUGUCUUCUAUUGUACUUGCCUCGUUUAAGCGAUCUUUAUGAGAACAUUUGUUAAGGUCAUUAAUCUGAUGUGUAGAGAAUUUUAUUGGAAUAGGUGAAUGAAAUAUUGCUUUUCUUGUAAAGAAACUUCAGGGGAUAUGAUUUUAUUUUUGCAGUUCGAGGUCAAUAUAUAUACAAUAGUUUUUCAUAGU